AUGUCAAGCCUACAAGGCAUAACUGCCCAGAAUGAAAACAACGGCGCAGUGGUAGAUGAACAGCAGGCUGUUGCAUAUCCAAGAACAGUACAUGCUUGUAAUGCAGUACUCCAAGAACCACAGGGGACAUAUACGUUGAGGAAUUACAACAGGAAAUCAAACUGCAGUAUUUCUGUCAUUUUUCCACUCAGCGUAAAGGUUUUAGCGGCCUCUGUCGGUGUCCAGAGUGGAUGGCCUAAGCAAACGCUUGACUUCGAAACUGGACUUCUCUCAAAGUGCCGAAAAAGAGGUUUUCAUGAUUUCGUUGAAAUUCGCGGAGGAGAUGGUCUUGACCCAAACCUGAUGAACGUAGCAGUGGAUUUUUGCGGACUGAAAUCCAUGCCAAGAGAGCCACCAAUCACAAUAGCUUGUGGUAAUACUGCUGUCCGUUUAGUGUCCAGUGGAGACUACGAGAAUUCAAUUACCUUCAGUUUCGAUAUUCCUUCUGACUUUUCAUCGUUGGAUCUGGUCUGUCCCUCUUUCUUAGCGGCAUUCUAGACCAGACAGGAUAUACAAUUUUCGUUCCAUUCUCUGUUGCCUAAAUAAUCACACAUCCUCAAGUCCUAUCACCAGACUAAAUGGAAAAAAGGAUAUCAAGCUACAGAUGUGGUAUUGAAUAAAAAAUAUUAGCAGGAAAUUCA